GUAUUACUCAUUGAGGUUAAAGGUUGUACCCAUGGUUCAUAUUCUUUCAACGAUUUACGAAUGUCAACAAAUCGCCUCAGGCGACAUCGCGUAUGUCGACGAAUGGCUCAAUAAAGAAGGCUGGAUUGGCACGCCAUAUUUCUUUGAUCGAUCGACAUUACUGCUGAUCAAGAUGGAAACUGUAGUUGUUGUAUGUGUUAGCUUCCUAGGUGCGUUAUUUCUUGCAUCGUUUGUCGCCCUUCUGGUACUUUGUCGCCACAAAUACUGUAAUCGACGUUCAGCGGAAGAAGCCGAAGAAUACAGAAUUAUAUCGCCAAAUGCAAUAUCUGCGAACAUGGAUGAAACCGAUGCCGUGGGAGAGUUAGAACUUGCCGAUAUCAUAACUUGUGAUGACGAUACAAUAAGGGAGUUAUUGGAGACCGAAGAUUGGGCCUUCGAUGCUCAGGGCCUCAUCCCACAUUGUAUAUCUGUUCUACGUCUGUGCCGAUCCGUUACUGAAAAAUUAGUAGCAAAAACAAUGACUACUGAACAGAUUCAUCCUGUCCAGUUGGAAGAAAUUGUACAAAUAGCAAAACGUGUCACUCCCAGGGUCGAUGACCUGAUGAGAGCAAUACAACCCCCCUUAGAUCCCAAGCUUUUGGAGGCACGUGCUGCUGCAUUGAUAUUUUCUGUAUCACAUCUGGCUCUCAUAAUAAAGGGUGCUUGCCGACACAAAGGCUCAGUGGAAUGGAUAGAUCAAGCUAUGCUUGAAAUGGAUGAGCAUAUGAGAAUAUUAAGAGGUGUGGCACUUAAUUCUGCAUUUGAAACUUUCCCACAGGAACCUGAUGCUGGUACUUCAAAUACCAAUACAGAUGCAAAUGUAACAAAGUUGUAAAAAUGCAUGUCUGUCAUAAGGUAUCUUGUGUAUUGCAGUUAAAUUAAUUUUAGAUUUUUUUUAUCUGUAUAUUGCUUUACUGAAGUGUUCAUAGAUCUUGCCAUUUUGGGGGAUAAAAUUACCAAAGGUCAUCUCAUUCAAUGAACUCUGUUUCCUAUUUUGUUUUUUAAACUCUAGUCCUGUUAUGUAUCACUUUGUUAACUAAACUACUCAGGGGUUUGCAGUUAAUUAUAUGGUUAAUUACUGACAUAUAUAUAUAAUACCCAUUGGAAGGUUUACAACCAACAUUUUAAAUCUACCACUAAAGUAGAGUGUUAACACUGAUUUUUUAACAAUUGCUAGCGCCUUCUUUAUUUGAUAUUCUUUUCUGUAAAUAUAUAUUACCUUAAUAGCAUUUUACUUUUUUUAUAAUGAUGAUGUUCCGAAUCUUUUCUCAUAGUAUUAUCACAUUAUGUUUUAUGAAACAGUGUUUGAUUUUUGUACAUUUUUUCCAUCAAAUCAGAUUUUUAAUAAUGACUGAACACAUGUAUCUGGCGACUACAUUCCAAUACAGCCUGAUGUUUCUGGUGCUGAGUUGAUUCUUGCCAAAAUUGAUUUUUCUUUGAAUACUAUUACAUAUUUUACCUUUGUUCGGUGGCAAUAAAUUUGCAAUAUAUCAUCAAA